AUGAUUUGGAGCGUCCGGGUAGAGCAUCGCUACGCUCUGGGGCGUCCGAGGAGAGCAUCGCGACGCUCUGGGGCGUCCAGGGAGAGCAUCGCGACGCUCUGGGGCGUCCGGGCAGAGCAUCGCGACGCUCUGGGGCGUGCGGGGGAGAGUAUCGCGACGCUCUGGGGCGUCCGGGGAGAGCAUCGCGACGCUCCGGGGCGUCCGGGGAGAGCAUCGGGACGCUCCGGGGCGUCCGGGGAGAGCAUCGCGACGCUCUGGGGCGUCCGGGAAGAGCAUCGCGACGCUCUGGGGCGUCCCGGGAGAGCAUCGCGACGCUCUGGGGCGUCUGGGGAGAGCAUUGCGACGCUCUGGGGCGUCCGGGGAGAGCAUCGCGACGCUCUGGGGCGUCCGGAGAGAGCAUCUCGAUGCUCCGGGGCUGCUAGGGAGAGCAUUGCGAUGCUCUGGGGCGUCCGGGGAGAGCAUCGCGACGCUCUGGGGCGUCCGGGGAGAGCAUCGCGAUGCUUUGGGGCGUCCGGGGAGAGCAUCGCGACGCUCUGGGGCGUCAGAGGAGAGCAUCGCGUCGCUGUGGGGCGGCGGGGGAGAGCAUCGCGACGCUCUGGGGCGUCCGGGGAGAGCAUCACGACGCUCUGGGGCGUCUGGGGAGAGCAUCGCGAUGCUCUUGGGCGUUCGGGGAGAGCAUCGCGACGCUCUGGGGCGUCCGGGGAGAGCAUCGCGAUGCUCCGGGGCGGAUGGGGAGAGCAUUGGAUGCUAUGGGGCGUCCGGGGAGAGCAUCGCGACGCUCUGGGGCGUCCGGGGAGAGCAUCGCGACGCUCUGGGGCGUCCGGGGAGAGCAUCGUGACGCUCUGGGGCGUCCGGGGAGAGCAUUGCGACGCUCUCGGGCGUCCGGGGAGAGCAUCGCGACGCUCUGGGGCAGCUGGGGAGAGCAUCGCGACGCUCUGGGGCGUCCGGGAAGAGCAUCGCGACGCUCUGGGGCGUCCGGGGAGAUCAUCUCCAUUCUUUGGGCUGGGGAGAGCAUCGCGAUGCUCUGGGGCGUGUGGGGAGAGCAUCGCGACGCUCUGGGGCAUGCGGGGAGAGCAUCGCGACGCUCUGGGGCGUCCGGGGAGAGCAUCGCGACGCUCUGGGGCAUCCGGGGAGAGCAUCGCGAUGCUCUGGGGCGUCCGGGGAGAGCAUCGUGACGCUCUGGGGCGGUUGGGGAGAGCAUCGCGACGCUCUGGGGCGUCCGGGGAGAGCAUCGCGAUGCUCCGGGGCGGCUGGGGAGAGAAUCGCGAUGCUCUGUGGCGUCCGGGGAGAGCAUCGCGACGCUCUGGGGCGUCCGGGGAGAGCAUCGCGACGCUCAGGGGCGUCUGGGGAGAGCAUCACGACGCUCUGGGGCGUCCGGGGAGAGCAUCGCGAUGCUUUAGGGCGUCAGAGGAGAGCAUCGCGUCGCUCUGGGCGGCGGGGAGAGCAUCGCGACGCUCUGGGGCGUUUGGGGAGAGCAUCGCGAUGCUUGGGGGCGUCCGGGGAGAGCAUCGCGACGCUCUCGGGCGUCCGGGGAGAGCAUCGCGAUGCUCCGGGGCGGCUGGGGAGAGCAUUGGAUGCUCUGGGGCGUCCGAGGAGAGCAUCGCGACGCUCUGGGGCGUCCGUGGAGAGCAUCGCAAUGCUCUGGGGCGUUUGGGGAGAGCAUCGCGACGCUCUGGGGCGUCCGGGGAGAGCAUCGCGACGCUCUGGGGCGUCCGGGGAGAGAAUCGCGACGCUCUGGGGCGUCGGGGGAAAGCAUCGCGACGUUCUGGGGCGUCCGGGGAGAGCAUCGCGAUGCUCUGGGGCGUCCGAGGAGAGCAUCGCGACGGUUUGGGGCGUCCGGGGAGAGCAUCGCGACGCUCUGGGGCGUCCGCGGAGAGCAUUGCGACGCUCUGGGGCGUCCGGGGAGAGCAUCGCGACGCUCUAGGGCAGCUCAGGAGAGCAUCGCGACGCUCUGGGGCGUCCGGGGAGAGCAUCGCGAUGCUCCGGGGCGGCUGGGGAGAGAAUCGCGAUGCUCUGUGGCGUCCGGGGAGAGCAUCGCGACGCUCUGGGGCGUCCGGGGAGAGCAUCGCGACGCUCAGGGGCGUCUGGGGAGAGCAUCACGACGCUCUGGGGCGUCCGGGGAGAGCAUCGCGAUGCUUUAGGGCGUCAGAGGAGAGCAUCGCGUCGCUCUGGGCGGCGGGGAGAGCAUCGCGACAAUCUGGGGCGUUUGGGGAGAGCAUCGCGAUGCUUGGGGGCGUCCGGGGAGAGCAUCGCGACGCUCUCGGGCGUCCGGGGAGAGCAUCGCGAUGCUCCGGGGCGGCUGGGGAGAGCAUUGGAUGCUCUGGGGCGUCCGAGGAGAGCAUCGCGACGCUCUGGGGCGUCCGUGGAGAGCAUCGCAAUGCUCUGGGGCGUUUGGGGAGAGCAUCGCGACGCUCUGGGGCGUCCGGGGAGAGCAUCGCGACGCUCUGGGGCGUCCGGGGAGAGAAUCGCGACGCUCUGGGGCGUCGGGGGAAAGCAUCGCGACGUUCUGGGGCGUCCGGGGAGAGCAUCGCGAUGCUCUGGGGCGUCCGAGGAGAGCAUCGCGACGGUUUGGGGCGUCCGGGGAGAGCAUCGCGACGCUCUGGGGCGUCCGGGGAGAGCAUUGCGACGCUCUGGGGCGUCCGGGGAGAGCAUCGCGACGCUCUAGGGCAGCUCAGGAGAGCAUCGCGACGCUCUGGGGCGUCCGGGGAGAGCAUCUCGAUGCUCUGGGGCGUCCGGGGAGAGCAUCGCGACGCUCUGGGGCGUCCGGGGAGAGCAUUGCGACGCUCUUGGGCGUCCGGGGAGAGCAUCGCGACGCUCUGGGGCGGCGGGGAGAGCAUCGCGACGCUUUGGGGCGUCCGGGGAGAGCAUCACGAUGCUCUGGGGCGUCCGGGGAGAGCAUCGCGAUGCUCUGGGGCGUCCAGGGAGAGCAUCGCGACGCUCUGGGGCGGUUGGGGAGAGCAUCGCGACGCUCUGCGGCGUCCGGGAAGAGCAUCGCGACGCUCUAGGGCGUCCGGGGAGAGCAUCGCGAUGCGCUGGGGCGUCCGGGGAGAGCAUCGCGACGCUCUGGGGCGUCCGGGGAGAGCAUCGCGAUGCUCCGGGGCGGCUGGGGAGAGUAUCGCGAUACUCUGGGGCGUCUGGGGAGAACAUCGCGACGCUCUGGGGCGUUUGGGGAGAGCAUCGCGACGCUCUGGGGCGUCCGCGGAGAGCAUCGCGAAGCUCUGGGGCGUCCGCGGAGAGAAUCGCGACGCUCUGGGGCGUCCGGGGAGAGCAUCGCGACGCUCUGGGGCGUCCGGGGAGAGCAUCGCGACGCUCUGGGGCGUCCGGAGAGAGCAUUGCGACGCUCUGGGGCGUCCGGAGAGAGCAUCGCGAUGCUCUGGGGCAGCUGGGGAGAGCAUCUCGACGCUCUGGGGCGUCCGGGGAGAGCAUUGCGACGCUCUGGGGCGUCCGGGGAGAGCAUCUCGAUGCUCUAGGGCGUCCGGGGAGAGCAUCGCGACGCUCUGGGGCGUUUGGGGAGAGCAUCGCGACGCUCUGGGGCGUCCGGGGAGAGCAUCGCGAUGCUCUGGGGCGUCCGGGGAGAGCAUCGCGACGCUCUGGGGCAGCUGGGGAGAGCAUCGCGACGCUCUGGGGCGUCCGCGGAGAGCAUCGCGACGCUCUGGGGCGUCCGGAGAGAGCAUCGCGAUGCUCCGGGGCGGCUGGGGAGAGCAUCGCGAUGCUCUGCGGCGUCCGGGGAGAGCAUCGCGACGCUCUAGGGCGUCCGAGGAGAGCAUCGCGAUACUCCGGGGCGGCUGGGGAGAGUAUCGCGAUGCUCUGGGGCGUCCGGGGAGAACAUCGCGACGCUCUGGGGCGUUCGGGGAGAGCAUCGCGACGCGCUGGGGCGUCCGGGAAGAGCAUCGCGACGCUCUGGGGCGUCCGCGGAGAGAAUCGCAACGCUCUGGGGCGUCCGGGGAGAGCAUCGCGAUGAUAUGGGGCGUCCGGGGAGAGCAUCGCGACGCUCAGGGGCGUCCGGGGAGAGCAUCGCGACGCUCUGGGGCGUCCAGAGAGAGCAUCGCGAUGCUCCGGGGCGGCUGGGGAGAGCAUCGUGAUGCUCUAGGGCGUCCGAGGAGAGCAUCGCGACGCUCUGGGGCGUCCGGGGAGAGCAUCGCGACGCUCUGGGGCGUCCGGGGAGAGCAUCGCGACGCUCUGGGGCGUCCGGGGAGAGCAUCGCGAUGCUCCGGGGCGGCUGGGGAGAGCAUUGGAUGCUCUGGGGCGUCCGGGGAGAGCAUCGCGACGCUCUGGGGCGUCCGAGGAGAGCAUCGCGACGCUCUCGGGCGUCCGGAGAGAGCAUUGCGACGCUCUAGGGCGUCCGGAGAGAGUAUCGCGACGCUCUGGGGCAGCUGGGGAGAGCAUCGUGACGCUCUGGAGCGUCCGGGGAGAGCAUCGCGACGCUCUGGGGCGUCCGAGGAGAGCAUCGCGAUGCUCUGGGGCGUCCGGGGAGAGCAUCGCGACGCUCUGGGGCAGCUGGGGAGAGCAUCGCGACGCUCUGGGGCCUCCGCGGAGAGCAUCGCGACGCUCUGGGGCGUCCGGAGAGAGCAUCGCGAUGCUCCGGGGCGGCUGGGGAGAGCAUCGCGAUGCUCUGCAGCGUCCGGGGAGAGCAUCGCGACGCUCUAG